CUAAUUUUUUUAAAAUUAACAAUAAAAUUUGUGCUGAUUUCAAAAGACUAAUUUCUACUCAAGCCUGCUUUUUCUUUUGAAUUCCAGACCUUUGACAUCACACUUACCUUAUUUUGAACACAACCCAUACAAAUUUUUCCUCAAAUAUAGUUUCUACAAAACCUUUUGUAUGGCUUAUAAGCAAACAUUCAGUAAGAAUAAGAAAAAAUGUGACAGAGGCAAAAUGUUGAUAGAAAUGGGAAGUCUUUAUUUUAAUUUCCAUUUGAGGGGUGAUUUUAUGCAAUGGCUUCAAGCCACAGUUCUUCACCAGUGCCUCAAGCAAGUAGCAGUGAUGUUUUCUUUAAAAAGGAGGUAGAUUCUGCUAAACAUAUUCGACCUGUACAGUCACUGCCAGAUGUGUGUCCCAAGGAACCCACAGGUGAUUCACAUAGUUUAUGUGACGCCCCAUCUCUAGUUGCAGAUCAACAUAGAUGGACUAUUUAUCAUUCCAAAGUAAAUCUUCCAGCAGCAUUAAAUGAUCCUAGAUUAGCAAAAAGAGAAUCUGAUUUCUUCACAAAAACAUGGGGUCUAGACUUUGUGGACACAGAAGUCACGCCUUCAUUCUACCUCCCACAAAUCAGCAAAGAACAUUUUGCAAUGUAUCAACAGGAAAUCUCUCAGAGAGAGAAAAUUCACGAGAGAUGCAAGACUAUUUGUCCUCCAAAAGAUACCUUUGAUAGGACUCUCUUACUUACUCCUGAUAAAUCCAGGACAGAUCUGGAACAAGUACCUAAGAUUUUUUUGAAACCAGAUUUUGCCUUGGAAGAUCCCUUAACAUUUAAUUCAGUUUUACCAUGGUCUCAUUUUAACACUGCUGGGGGAAAAGGAAAUCGUGAUGCAGCAUCCUCAAAGUUGCUUCAAGAAAAGCUGAGCCAUUAUUUGGAUAUUGUGGAAGUAAACAUUGCUCAUCAGAUCUCUCUACGUUCAGAAGCAUUUUUUCAUGCAAUGACCUCUCAGCACGAAUUGCAGGACUACCUCAAGAAAACUUCCAAGGCUGUAAAAAUGCUUCGAGAUAAAAUUGCACAGAUUGAUAAAGUAAUGUGUGAAGGAUCUCUCCACAUUUUAAGACUGGCACUUACCAGAAAUAACUGUGUAAAAGUGUACAAUAAACUGAAAUUAAUGGCCACUGUGCACCAGACUCAACCUACAGUACAAGUGUUGUUAUCCACUUCCGAAUAUGUUGGAGCCUUGGACUUAAUAGCAACAACCCAAGAAGUUCUACAGCAGGAACUUCAGGGCAUUCAUAGUUUUCGGCACCUAGGAUCACAACUUUGUGAAUUAGAAAAAUUGAUAGAUAAAAUGAUGAUUGCAGAAUUUUCUACUUAUUCUCAUAGUGAUUUAAAUAGACCACUGGAAGAUGACUGUCAAAUUUUAGAAGAGGAAAGACUAGUAUCACUUAUAUUUGGACUUUUAAAACAAAGAAAACUCAAUUUUUUAGAAAUUUAUGGUGAAGAGAUGAUUAUCACAGCAAAAAAUAUCAUUAAACAGUGUGUGAUUAAUACAGUUUCACAGAUAGAAGAAAUAGACACAGAAGUUGUUGUAAAACUUGCAGAUCAGAUGAGAUUGAUGAAUUUUCCUCAGUGGUUUGAUCUCUUAAAGGAUAUUUUCUCUAAGUUUACGGUGUUCCUACAGAGGGUUAAGGCAACGUUAAAUAUUGUUCGAAGUGUUGUCCUCUCAGUCCUUGACAAAAAUCAAAGGACUAGGGAACUGGAAGAGACUUCAGAACAGAAGAAUGCCGCAAAAGACAGUUCAGUAGAUACAGAGGUGGCAUAUUUAACCCAUGAAGGUAUGUUUAUAAGUGAUGCAUUUAGUGAGGGUGAGCUACCACCUGGAAUAACUGACACUACCUCUCAAAGAAAUGCAUCUCCGAGCAGUGAGCCCUGCAGCAGUGAUUCGGUAUCCGAACCAGAAUGUACUACUGAUUCUUCCUCCAGUAAAGAGCAAAUAUCUUCUCUUACACCAGGAGGUGUAGAGCUUAUGGUCAGUGAGGACAUGAAGUUGACUGACUUAGAGCUGGGAAAGCUGGCAAAUAGCAUCCAAGAGUUGCUGUAUAAUGCUUCAGAUAUAUGCCAUGAUCGGUCGGUCAAAUUUCUUAUGGCAAGAGCCAAGGAUGGCUUUCUUGAGAAGUUGAAUUCCUCUGAGUUCGUCGCGCUUUCUCGAUUAAUGGAAACAUUUAUUUUAGAUACUGAACAGAUCUGUGGACGAAAAAGUAUGUCAUUACGUGGUGCUCUUCAGAGUCAAGCUAAUAAAUUUGUAAAUAGAUUUCAUGAAGAGAGAAAAACCAAACUCAGUCUCCUGUUAGAGAAUGAGCGAUGGAAACAAGCUGAGGUACCUGCAGAAUUCCAGGAUCUUGUUGAUUCCAUAACAGAUGGGAAGAUUGCUUUACCUGAAAAAAAAUGUGGAGAGGAGAGAAAACCAGCCGACUUCCUGAUAGUUGAAGGACAGCCAUAUGCUGUUGUUGGAACAGUAUUGCUAUUGAUAAGAAUUAUCCUUGAAUAUUGCCAGUGUGUAGAUAACAUCCCCUCUGUUACUACUGACAUGCUUACUCGUUUGUCAGAUUUAUUGAAGUAUUUCAAUUCAAGAAGUUGCCAGUUAGUUCUUGGAGCAGGGGCUUUGCAGAUCGUUGGUUUGAAAACAAUAACUACAAAAAACUUAGCCCUUUCUUCACGCUGCCUCCAGUUAAUUGUGCACUACAUUCCUGUGAUCCGAGCUCAUUUUGAAGCUCGUCUGCAGCCUAAGCAAUACAGCAUGCUCAGGCAUUUUGAUCAUAUCACUAAGGAUUACCAUGACCAUAUAGCAGAAAUCUCAGCAAAACUUGUAGCGAUUAUGGAUAACUUAUUUGACAAACUGCUAUCUAAGUAUGAGGUGAAAGCUCCUGUUCCUUCUACUUGCUUCAGGAAUAUUUGUAAACAGAUGGCAAAAAUGCAUGAAGCUAUAUAUGAACUCCUUCCAGAGGAACAAACACAGAUACUGUUUUUAAGAAUUAAUGCAAGCUACAAAAUCCACAUGAAGAGACAGUUAUCUCAUUUAAACGUUGUUAAUGAUGGAGGACCUCAAAAUGGGUUGGUUACAGCAGAUGUAGCUUUUUACACUGGAAAUCUUCAAGCCUUAAAAGGACUUAAAGAUUUGGACCUAAAUAUGGCUGAGAUCUGGGAACAGAAGAGGUGAUAACAUACUGGAAAACUUAUUUGUCAGACCACAGGAUGUAUUUAAGAAUUUUGAUGCCUGUCUCAGAUAUUUAAAGCAGAGCCCAAAAGCAUGUAUGUGGGGGAAUGGGAAGGGUGAUGAAAGUAUCAGUGUUGGGAACUGAAUUCAGUGGGACCUGCAAGGAAUGUCCUUUUUUGUGCAUCCUCAGUGAGGGAUAACUGAUCAGGUGUCUAUAACAUUUUUUCAUUCUCUCUGGAAACAGACUCAGGUUUCUUUGGACCAAAUCCAAAAGAACACAUAGCUGUAACACAGCUGUAGUUGACUAGAAUGCUCUAUAUACCUUUAUAUUAAAAAAUGCUUUGCAUUUCUUCCAGUGCAAUGAAAUUCAUAUGGUAUCCCACCUUAUUUAAUGAUGGUACAAUUUAAAAUAUUAAAAUCUUAAGUCAACCUCUGUAGAAAAUGUUUUCUCUAUGAAAGUAAUGCUGUUUGGAAAAUUAUUUUUUUACAGAUCUUUCUAUAAAAAAAUAAACAUCUUUUGAUUGCUUGGAUUUAGGAUUCCCCUUUUUGUUUUAGUAAGCAUUCAUGUUUCAGGGUUUGUGUAUCUCAUACUUUCUCUUUAUACUGCCACCCAUGCUGAGUAAAGCUUUCCAGGUUAUUCUGACCACUUGAAAUGAUAAUCAUUAGUGAUGAUUAAAGAAUAAGAUGUUGGCAUUAAUUUAUGAAGCUACUAAUUUAAGUACUUUUCAGUAAUAGUAAGUAGGGCUGGUGUUCCAUAUCUGUAUUUUUAUAUUUAUAAAGCAACCUAUGAAGAAUUUUUUUUUGUCUUUCUCAUUUUUGGCAGAGGUACAAAUGCUUAUUUAUACAAGUCUGCCUACUUGUGAAAAUAAGUUUUUAUUUCAAAAUUUUGUAUGUUACCUAAACAUUGCACACCUUGGGUUCUUAAUUUUAAGUUACUUUGAUGUGUGAUGUCUAUAUACCAGAGAGAAGUAGAAUUUUUUAGCAUAAUAUAGUACAGGUUGCUAUAUAUAAGCUAUUAUAGUAUUGGGGAGGGGAGUGUAAGGUGAUGAAUGGAGUUAACUUGUUUGGAGAAUUUUUUUAUAAACAAACACUUUACCUUCACUAUUAGAAUCAGUAAGCACUCUACCAGUAACAAAGUGCCUGUGCUUCAUCUCACAUUAACAAUCUUACCUAAACAUGUCAGAGUGCCUAACCUUGUAAUGAUUAUGUACAACCAAAUGGUCUAUUGCUAUGUUAAGGUUUCCUCAAAGGCAAACCUGUCUUUUUUGCUUUACCAUUAUGAAGAUGUCAUCAGUUCUUAAACUGUCUAAAAAAUAAAGCUAUAAAAAUA